AAUAAAAAAAAACUCCCGCCAUCCCUUCCGAGGGAUGGGGGGGGGGCUGCGUGACCCGUGCGGGUUUAGCGCUCUCCACGAGUAACGCGAGGAGGCAGCGCGCAUCGAUGUGAGUCAAGCAACACCCGCCAGGGGACACAUGGUUCGAGAAGGUGGUGGAUGGGUCGAGACUGCUCCUGCAAGUGUGGGCGUAGCGGGGCGGCUGAGUAACAUCACAGGCGUGGGCGGAGGCUGGGCGUACAGCCAACUCGACCGGCAUAAAUAGGGAGGUGGACCAGGUGAUGGGCAGACACAACAGUGCCGGCAUCACAGCUACGAGCUGACCAACCUUGCACUCCAUCACUGACUGGUACUCUAAGAAGUAGUGUUUAUCAGGAUAUAAGAGCACAUUCUGCCACUUAUACUCAGAUACUGGUGAUUAUUGGAAUAUAAGUGUACACUCGAACACUAGUACUCAGGUGCUAUUGACACUCCACCUCUGGUACUCAAUAUUAUUCACUAUUCUAAGUGAAUACACUUGAGGAUAUAAUUCUGAAGCCAAGCAGAAGCCAUGGCCCCAGUACAUCAAAACACCGAUGCUUCCAGCCGCCUCGCCAACACUCUUACCAACAUCAGUAACACAUCCUGUGUAAACAGUGUCAAAAGCAGCAGUAGCAGCAGCAGUGGCACCAGCAGCAGCAGCAGACUGUGUGAGACAAACAUGAAUCAGCUGGAGUCUACAGGGGUCAGAGAAGACUUGCUGCCCAUAACAUGCAGAGGAAGCUUCUACCACGAUGCUUUUUUCAAGGAAGCUCGUCAGCACUUUGAUGAAGCUAUCAAGGACGUGCUUGACCGCUGGGGUCACAGGUCAGCCACAAUGGAUGACCUGACCUGCUACAGAAAACUUCGUGAAACCAACUUGAGAGAGGACAACCAGGCAGUCACAGUCUCCCAAAACAGUCAUCAUCAUCAGGUGGUGAUAGACGUGAGAGACUUCCUGAGUGGAGAUGUGAAAGUGAAGGUGGUUGAUGAGAACGAGGUGGUGGUGGAGGGCAGUGUGGAACACACACACCAAGGAUCAGUCUCCAAGAAGAGUUUCUUACGUAGGUUCUCUUUCCCCGGUCUGGUCCGGCCAGACGCCGUCACCUCCACCAUGUCCUCUGACGGAGUUCUUACCAUAACUGUACCAAAGAAGGAACCUGUGUCACACACAACAAAAGUUGACACCAAUAAGAUAAACACAAAAGUAAACUCCUCUACGAUGAAAGGAGCACAAAAAGAAAAGAUAAACAAAUUUACCAGUCAUCUACAUCAUGAUGUCAAUGCACAAGCUUCAGUGUCUAAGACAACUGAAAAAGAAAACAAAUCUAAAAUGUCAACACAUGUUAGUGCUGACAAUGAAACCACCAAAAUAACAACAAAUAACGGAACAAAGGUGAAAAACUCCAGUUUAGUUGGUUCCUCGCCAGAGCAAACUUCAGACUUCGUGCUGCCUAUAUCUCACAGAGGUCCCUUCUUCCACGACUCUUUCUUCGAAGAAGCUCGACAAGAUUUUGAAGCCUCUGUAAAGAGUAUCCUGGACACUUGGGGAGAAACUCCUGUGAGUGAUCACAUGAGCAGCUACAGACGUCUGAGAGAACGUGACCUGAAGGAGGAGAACCAAGCAGUGUCUCUCACCGAGGACCACCAGACUCAUAAGGUGGUGAUAGACGUGCGAGACUUCCUGGGUGGUGAUGUAAAAGUGAAGGUGGUUGAUGAGAACGAGGUGGUGGUGGAGGGCAGUGUGGAACACACACACCAAGGAUCAGUCUCCAAGAAGAGUUUCCUACGUAGGUUCUCUUUCCCCGGUCUGGUCCGACCAGACACCGUCACCUCCACCAUGUCCUCUGACGGAGUCCUUACCAUAACUGUACCAAAAAAGGAACCUGUGUCACACACAACAAAAGUUGACACCAAUAAGAUAAACACAAAAGUAAACUCCUCUACGAUGAAAGGAACACAAAACGAAAAGAUAAACAAAUUUACCCGUCAUCUACAUCAUGAUGUCAAUGCACAAGCUUCAGUGUCUAAGACAACUGAAAAAGAAAACAAAUCUAAAAUGUCAACACAUAUUAGUGCUGACAAUGAAACCACCAAAAUAACAACAAAUAACGGAACAAAGGUGAAAAACUCCAGUUUAGUUGGUUCCUCGCCAGAGCAAACUUCAGACUUCGUGCUGCCUAUAUCUCACAGAGGUCCCUUCUUCCACGACUCUUUCUUCGAAGAAGCUCGACAAGAUUUUGAAGCCUCUGUAAAGAGUAUCCUGGACACUUGGGGAGAAACUCCUGUGAGUGAUCACAUGAGCAGCUACAGACGUCUGAGAGAACGUGACCUGAAGGAGGAGAACCAAGCAGUGUCUCUCACCGAGGACCACCAGACUCAUAAGGUGGUGAUAGACGUGCGAGACUUCCUGGGUGGCGAUGUAAAAGUGAAGGUGGUUGAUGAGAACGAGGUGGUGGUGGAGGGCAGUGUGGAACACACACACCAAGGAUCAGUCUCCAAGAAGAGUUUCCUACGUAGGUUCUCUUUCCCCGGUCUGGUCCGGCCAGACGCCGUCACCUCCACCAUGUCCUCUGACGGAGUCCUUACCAUAACUGUACCAAAGAAGGAUGAAAUAAAAGCAAAGAAUACUAUUCUCGACAUGACUCCAAACACGAAUAUGCAAGAGAGGAGAGAGUCCUCGUCUGUGCGAGGUAACUCACAACAUUCUGAACAAAGUUCCUUAAGGAGAGCAACAGCUGAGGCCCAUGGAAGCUCCCACAACACAGAAGAAAAAAUAAAGACUCACAGAUCUACCGCAGAGUCUUCCAGCAUCAGAAACUUUAUCAAUGAGGCUUCUAAACGAACUGAAGAUAUUUUUUCCAGUUUUGACCAAAACGAAACGAACAAUUUUACAAAGAAUGUCCUGCCUUGGGACCUGGAUACCUCCCUGUCAAUAUCCCACAAAGGACUCUUUUUCAAGGACUCUUUCUUCCAAAAUGCUCGCGAAAACUUCGAAGCUGCAGUCCAAGAAGUGUUAAACAAAUUUGGAAGGGUGGAAAGCGCAUGUGAUGACGACCUCACCACGUACAGAAAUCUUCGAGAGAGCGACUUGAGAGACGAGACUCAAGCCAUGAAAGUCACCGAGAACCAAGACAGUCACCAGGUGGUGAUGGAUGUUCGUGACUUCUUGAGUGGAGAUGUCAGGGUGAAGGCAGUGGGCAGGAACGAAGUGUUGGUUGAAGGCAGCGUGGAGAAGCAAGAAGGAUGCUUCAAGAGCACCAAGAGCUUUAGUCGCCGCUUCACUCUUCCUGGUGUAGUGAACGUGAACGACGUCACUUCUGCCUUGUCGUCAGAUGGCGUCCUCACCAUCACGGCUCCCAAGAGCACGUCUGACACCAGCAGCUUGAUGACGUCAGCCCAUCAGAGGACGCUGCUGCGUCAACAGGACACCAGUGGGACGAGCUGCAGAAGUCAGCAGAAUUACGAGACUGCUGCCGAGAGUGACGAAUACAAAUCUCACGUGUUCACCAAAACGUCGUCUUUUGAACGCUUCACAUCCAAAAACAACAGCCGGAACUAAUCUUCCAGUACGUCGUCUCUUCAAACGUUUCACGUCCAACAACAGCCGGAUGCAAUCUUUAGAUACGGCAUCCUGUCAACGUUGCACGUCCAGCAACUACAGCCGGAUAUAACUUUUUUUGUACGUUGUCCUCUGAACGUUUUACGCACAACAACUCCCUCAAGAGGAUGUUUAUUCUCUGCAACAUUGCCAAAGAUGUUAUCACAUAUGAUAUAAACAUUCGUUGUGUUUUAUACUGUUAUGUUUCAAAAACAAUUAUAUUUUCAAUAAAAGUAAAA